GAAACGGUCAAAAGAAAGCAAUCAAAAAGAGAAAAGUGAGUGAGUGUACGCGUUUCUGCUUUCGAUCGGCUGCGCUGCAGAAUUUCCAACUUUUUCUCGGAAUAACAGUAGUUUUUGCGCUGAAAUUCAAUAAUAAUGAGCUCCGCGGUAAUGUUGUUCGCAUGUUCGAAGUGUUUUUCGAGGCAUCCGUUCGAGGAAUUAUCCCCGGGGCAGCAACUUUGCAAGGAUUGCCGAGGGUCGUUUCCAAUUGUCAAAUGUACAUACUGUCGCACGGAGUUCCAGCAAACUAGCAAGGGAAGCACGGCCGCUAUUUGCAAAAAAUGUGACCAAAAUGUCAAGCAAUAUGGGAAGCCGUCCGCUUGUGAACUGUGCAACAUUAUCGCUGCAUUCAUUGGAUCUAAAUGCCAAAGGUGUACAAACUCCGAGUUAAAGUACGGACCAGCGGUAACAUGCGAUCAAUGCAAACAACGAUGUGCCUUUAAUAGGCCAGACUAUAAGGUCGACGGCAAGCUAUUAUGCUGGCUUUGUACGUUAUCCUACAAGCGUGCCCUGACCAAGGCACGCCAGGCAGAAAGCGAACGUCGCCGAGCAAAGAAACGUGGGGCCGAUGGUGGCCCUCCUCCGCCGGCGAUGUCUUCGUCGGCAUCCGCUGCCAGCGCUGGCAGCCGCGGAACUUCAGGCAGCAACAUCCCCGCUGCCGGAUCACUCGGAUCCAGUGCGAAUUCUAGCAACCGUGCAGACAACCGCAGCGCGUCAGACAAGACCAACAACAGCAGCAACAGCAGUUCGAUGAACCGUGGCGGCGGAGGAUCCACUUUGCCCCCACUGGGUGAUAUGAACAUGAGUUUGGGCCCGGUUGACAUUCCGGAACCAGUGCCCUUGGCACUGGAAUCUUCCGCACCCGGAGGAAUGGAUCGGGUGGACAAUUCUCGUAAUGACAACGGUCGCCAUUCGUCCAGCAAGAAGCCUCGUACGGAUAUGAAACCAACCCCGGAUGUGCCGGAGAAACUGGGUCACCAUAAAAGCCAUCAUCAUCACCAUCACCAUCAUACAAAGUACGUUGAUCCGCACAGCUCGGAUCACGUGAUUGCGAUGACUCAACUGAAAGAAACAAUCGCCACACUGCAGAGGAAACUUAAGCAGAAAGAUAGUAUUAUUCUGGAGAAGGAGAAAGAGAUCAGCGCAUGGAAAGGGAAGCAUUUAUACUUGGAGCAGGAUUUGAUGAAAAAAUAUAAAGACAUGGAGAAGAAUUACGAGUUCAAGCUGGAAGUUUUGAACAAAAAGCUCAAAUCGCAACUGAUGGAAAUUGCCCAGCUAUCCAAGGCAGCCAAGGAUGCCGCCGAAAAGAAGAAGAAACCGAUUGGUUUCUUGGCCACCACCAAACUGCACAAACUCAAACCGGAAACGAAGGAGAAGGAGCGCGAGAAAGCAAGCGGACGGAACCGCAUCAUCGAGGAUGAGGAUGACGAUGAGGAGAAGGAGGAGAAGGAAAACGAAAGUGACAGAGGAGGUUCAGGUACGAAUACCCCUAAGGAUACUGGAAAGGAAAGCCCUCGCGAUGUCGAUUCCGGUAAAGAGAGUCCUCGAGACUCGGACAAGGAGGAUGAUAAGGACGACGAAAACGAUAAGAAGACAAAGAAGGACAGCGAAUCGGACAAAGAAAGGGACGAUGAUCAGAGCAAGAGCAACGGUUCUGCAAAGGGCGGAGACGAUUCUGAUAAAGAGAACGAUGAUAAAAAAGACGAUGAGAACGAGACCGACAAAGUGGAAGAAAAGAAAAACGAUGACAAUGAUCGCAGCUCCGACAAAGGAUCUCGUCGUAAUUCUGAGCAUGGGUCGGAUAAAGCAUCAGAUAAGGGUUCGGACAAUGAAUCAGAUAAGGAAUCUGAUCGUGGAUCCGAUAAGGAAUCGGACCGCGGAUCCGAGAAAGGUUCAGUGAAGGGAUCUGAUCGUGGUUCUGACAAAGGAUCCGAUCGUGGUUCCGAUAAGGGCUCCGAUCGUGGUUCCGAUAAAGGUUCAGAACAUGGCUCCGACAAAGGAUCGGACCAUGGCUCCGACAAGGGAUCAGAUCAUGGCUCCGAUAAGGGAUCGGAUCGUGGAUCCGACAAAGGUUCGGAUCGUGGAUCAGACAAAGGUUCGGAUCGUGGAUCAGAUGCAGGAUCUGAUCGUGGUUCUGAGAAAGGCUCCGAUCGCGGAUCGGACCACGGAUCCGAUAAAGAAAGCGACAACGAAUCCGACGACCGAUCCGCCAAGGGUAGCGAUAAAGAUAGCGGAUCUGAUAGUGGAUCUGAUCGGGACAGUGACCGUGAUUCAGAUUAAGUCUGCAGCUGCUUCUCAGCUUUCCAACACGGUCGUUUUAUCACAAACUGACAAGAUUAGUGUUAUCCUCAGAAUUAACUUUUACGAUAUAGGUAUUUAGUAGGUUCAUACGCACUAUCUAAUCUUUUGUUGUAUUUCUUGCUUCUCGCUUUCAAGAUACCCCAUUAUUUUCUUGUACAAUAGACCAGUUUUUGUCAGUCAACUAUGCUAAAAAUUGCAAAAGAAGGUUGAAAACCUAUUAUAAUACUGCAAACACAAUUCAAAAUCCAUCCUUCAUUUGGAAACAAGGAAAUACGAAGGGAUUCAGAAUUCAAAUCGAUUUGUAAGGCCGUGUCGUGCGUUUGCUAAGCGAUACGGAUACCUAGUUGUAGUGCAUGUAUUAGCAGUACUUUUGUUUGUGUUCAACAAAAUUUCGUUUAGUUCAGGAAAAUGAAUCAGUUGGCAUUUGAGAAAACUAUAACAUCCACCCCGUAGCUCUUAAGAACUAUCUCUCCGAUUGCUCUAAUUUAUGAUUUAUUCUUUAAACAUCCAAUUAGAAGAAGGUUAAAUAAUUAUUUGUAAUGAACAGAAUACUUAAAGUAAAAUAUAAUAAAGCAUAUGAAUGGAA